CGUCGACAAAACCAGGGGAAGCACUUCCGGGUCGGAGGCGCGCGACCUGCGUAGCCACUUCCGCAGUCCCAGUUCGUUCGCUCUUUUCGCCACGCUGCACAGAUACCGGCUGCCGCCGACUACUACAUCCGGGCCUCUCGCAGUGAGUCCCCCGUUCUGCGCCCGCUUCCCCCCGCCCCCCCCCCGGUGGGCAGUCUAGCUCGCGGGCACCUGGUCACGGUGCCGGGCUGGGCGCUAGGCCUGCUCGCUGCGGCCUCCGCUGCUCCCCCUCCUCGCCCGGCGAGAGCCGCUCCCGGACUUGCUCCGACUCAUUCUUCCCUUUGCCCCUUAGCUACUCUGCCGCUGCCGCCGUCUGGUGCUGAGACCCCUUCCCCGCUCCACCGGGGAGAUGCUACUGCGGGGCUUGCUGGGCCCUGGUGCCGCGGCCUGGUCCGCGAUCUCGGGGUUGCGGGGGCUGGUGCUGCUGCUGUGCCUGGGGGGCGCCGUGCGGGCCUCCGAGAUCACGUUCGAGCUGCCCGACAACGCCAAGCAGUGCUUCUACGAGGAGAUCGCGCAGGGCACCAAGUGCACCCUGGAGUUCCAGGUGAUCACUGGAGGGCAUUAUGAUGUUGAUUGUCGGCUGGAAGAUCCUGAUGGCAUUGUGUUGUACAAAGAGAUGAAAAAACAGUAUGAUAGCUUUACCUUCACUGCAUCUAGGAAUGGAACAUACAAAUUCUGCUUCAGCAAUGAAUUUUCUACUUUCACGCACAAAACUGUAUACUUCGACUUCCAGGUUGGAGAAGAUCCACCUCUGUUUCCUAGUGAGAACAGAGUCACUGCACUUACCCAGAUGGAGUCUGCUUGUGUUUCAAUUCAUGAAGCUUUGAAGUCUGUUAUCGAUUAUCAGACUCAUUUCCGCUUGAGAGAAGCACAAGGUCGCAGCAGAGCAGAAGAUCUAAACACCAGAGUAGCUUAUUGGUCAAUAGGAGAAGCCAUCAUUCUUCUAGUAGUUAGUAUUGGGCAGGUAUUUCUCCUCAAAAGCUUCUUCUCUGAUAAAAGAACCACCACAACCCGUGUUGGAUCAUAACCAGUAGUGAAAUGAUGCUUCAGAUCCACUGUACACUGUUCAUCUGUAAACUUACUGUUUUCCAAUUAAUUGUAGAUACAAAAGAACUAAAGAUGGGCAACAGUUUUAAUACCUUUUUACCCUCUUCCCAUUCAUUAAAAAUUGCAAAAAGUAGUCAAAGUGAACGGGACAGCUUUUUAUUUGAAAUAUUUGGAAAAGUUGAGAACUUAUUAUUUUUUUGUUUGUGUUAAGCAUCCAGCAGUGAUCUGUUUUUCCUUUAUUUGUAUUCACUGAUUAAUCUGUGGUAUGCUUUGAAAAAAACCCAAAUAGUUGAUAUGGAAGACAGUACAUGUGAAAAAUUGAUGAUAUUUUAGCUUUUCAGGCUGAAGGUGUUGGAUUAAAACCAAAAGCAAAUGUGAUGAACUGUAGUCACAAAGCAUUGAACUGCAUUGUUUUGAUUUGCUCUGAAAAAUCCAAUCUAUAUAUCUUUCUUUGCUGUAAAACUUGCAAGUUAACACUACAUCAUGGCACAAAUACUGUUGUUCUAUAGAAUGGUAAGUCUCCACUUUUCACGCUUGUUACGUUUUAUUUUUAAACAAGUUUGUUUAAAAAAAAUACAUUCUUCCUGUAUUACAAUAUAAUGAAUUUCCUGUUUUACAAUAUUGUUUUUUAUUGAACAAAUUGUAAACUGAGACUACUCAGGAAAUCAAUUUUCUAUACUCUAUAAAAAUCAAUUUCCAAGGCUUUUUUUUUUUUUUUGAAUGCAAUAAAAUAGGGAGAAUCCUGUAACUCUG